AAGUUUUAUAAGCAAAGCCAAGAAACCACCAUUGCUUGCCAGUCAGCCAGUGGUUGUUUGUAUUGUUGAGUUGAACUUGACGAUGAGCUGUUGGCAGGGAAGAAAUGCCUCGCGAAGCCAACAUACGAAUAGAAUAGUCAACAAAGAGAUGGCGUUCUUCUGUUUUGAUAUAUUACAUGCGCAUCUUAAGCGUUUAGGAUCACCGCAACCGCCAAAGUUCACCAACUCAGCCUUCCCAUUGUUUGUAACAUGGAAGAUUGGACAUGGUCCAGAUAAGAGAUUGCGUGGCUGCAUAGGAACAUUUACUGCAAUUAAUUUACAUGUUGGUUUAAAAGAUUAUACAAUAUCAAGUGCAUUAAAAGAUAGUCGGUUUUCUCCAGUUACUCUAGAAGAAUUUUGUAAAUUAUCAUGUUCUGUAUCUUUACUAACUAAUUUUGAAGAGGGUGAUAACUGUUUUGAUUGGGAGAUUGGUAUUCACGGUAUUAGGAUAGAAUUCUAUAACGAAAAAGGCAAUAAAAGAACAGCCACGUAUCUUCCAGAAGUCGCUAAGGAACAAGGCUGGACCAAAGUUCAAGCGAUUGAUUCGUUAUUGAGAAAAGGCGGCUAUAAAGGAACGAUAACGCCCGAAACUCGCAAUUCUACUAAGUUAGUUAGGUAUCGUAGUGAAAAGGUUUCUGUACAUUACAAUGAGUACAUUGCCUCUAAACAACGAUAAUAUUUGCAGGUAGGAUUUUAUCUGACUAUAGAUAUUAUGUACAUAUUUAUCUGUUCUAGGAAUUUUAAAAUUUGUUGUGCAUGCUAAGUGUAUUUUAUCAACAUGAUUGUUGCAUGAUUGUACACAGGAAGUUUAAGAAAGCAAGAUGGGAUUACUGCGUGUAAAAUAUAUCUGGUACAUUCAGAGAAACAUCGUCAUUUUUUUUGCCUCUCGGUUAUAAUAAAUUAUCCUGCAUGUAUAACAGAAAUCCUUUCGGAUAUAUGUCUCGCAAGAAUAAUAACGUUUACCGCGAACAUACA